CCCAGUUACUACAACCCCUAAUUGUUAUAUCCGACUACAACAACAACAACUCACCAUGUCAGGCUGGAUGUCCUACUUCACCGGGAGGAAAGAUACUCGCGAAGGCGCCCGCGAUGCGAUUGUGGGCCUGAGGCAGCAGCUUCUCAUGCUGGAGAAGAAGGAGGAGUUCCUCGGCAAGAAGAUAGAGGAGGAGAUGAAGAAGGCGAAGGCGAAUGCUACGUCCAAUAAGAGGCGUGAGUCAAGAUUCUGGGAGUUAUAAUUGGCGUCUGUCCGGAGGUUAGGUGCAAGGGAAAGCGAACGAAGCGGAAGGUGGAUAAAGGAAUCGAGACGAAGAGAUUGAUUGGGGUCAAUCAGAUGACUGGACUUUUUCGAUGAAUGAGCUGACGGGAAUCGACUGGUAGUGGCAAUGGCGGCGCUCAGGCAGAAGAAGGCGCACGAGAAUGAGCUGGACAGAAUCGCCGGUACUAGAUUGACGCUCGAGACCCAAGUCAAUGCCAUAGAAUCAGCAAACCUCAACGCCGAGACCAUGGUUGCCAUGAAGAAGGGUGCCGACGCUUUGAAGGGCAUACACAGCAACCUCACUGCGGAGGGUGUCGACGCUACGAUGGACAAGAUCAGAGAGCAGAUGGACCUCACCAACGAGAUUUCUGAUGCGAUUUCGAACCCUGUUGGGAUGGGUAUCGUCAUGGACGAGGACGACCUUAAAGACGAAUUGGAUGCUCUCGAGCAGGAGCAGCUGGACGACCGGCUUGCUGGAGCGGACCGCGUGCCCAGCCAUCUUCCCGCUUCACCAGUCGGUCAAACAACGGGCCGGGCCGCCGUGCAAGAGGACGAGGACGACGAGGAAGCGCAGCUCCGCCAACUCCAGGCCGAGCUCGCCAUGUAAACCUUCAGUCACACAUCUACUUCUACUUUGUGCUUGCAUGAUCGUUCUCUAGAUUCCGUCGCCCACGACCCAUCCUUUACGAAUGUGUUGUUUCCUCUCUUUCGUGACUUUUCAGUUCUCACUACAGGGCAUGUAUCAGUAUACAUAUUUAUACACACCACUCAGAGAGCGAGACCAUUCUAGAGUCAUCCAG